AUGUCGUCUUCGCUUGAAAAGAAGGAGUCUUCGCCAAGACACAGCAUCGGCCAAGGUGAAGUCGACUAUGUUCUUUCCAAUAGAAUCACCCAGCAGCAGACAAAUAUCCGGAACCUCGACUCGUUAGCUUAUGACGCGAAUGAAAAGGACAAGUGCAAGUUGCUCCAAGAAGCACAAGCCAACUUGGAUUUUGUCGCGGAUACCGGAUAUGCUCCCGAGUUGAGAAGAAACUUUAGUUUUAUCUCCUUGUUGGGUAUCGGGUUUGGUAUCACCAACUCAUGGUUCGGUAUCAGUGGUUCCUUGAUUGCCGGUAUCAGCUCAGGUGGUCCCAUGAUGAUCAUUUACGGUAUCAUUAUUGUCGCUUCCUUUUCCAUGUGCAUUGCCGUGACUUUGAGCGAGAUGGCCUCGGCGUACCCUAACGCGUCGGGCCAGAUUUACUGGACAAUGAAGCUUGCACCAAAGAAGUAUUCAAGAAUCAUGUCUUAUAUCACGGGUAUGCUUUCGUGGUUGGGCUCGAUUUUCACUUCGGCUAGCGUCACCAUGACGAUUGCCACUGCUGUUGUGGGAAUGUACAUGUUGCACCACCCUGACAAGACGGUGCUGAGAUGGCAGGUGUUUAUCGUCUACGAAAUUGUCAACAUUUUGUUGGUGUUUUUCAACAUUUGGGAGAAGCCCUUGCCCAUGCUUUCGUCGGGGGCAUUGUAUGUUUCGUUGUUUUCGUUUGUGGUGAUUAUCAUUGUUGUCUUGUCCAUGCACAAGGGUGAUUUCCAAAGCGCUAGAUUUGUGUUUGUUGAGUUUGAAAAUGGAACUGGUUGGAGUUCGAGUGGGAUUGCUUUCAUUGUUGGUUUGCUUAACCCCAAUUGGAGUUUCUCGUGCCUUGACGCAGCUACUCACAUUGCUGAAGAGUCAUUAAACCCAAGUGUUCAGAUUCCUCAAGCCAUUAUCGGUACCGUGAUUGUUGGCUUUUUAACGUCAUUCACCUACUGCAUUGCCAUGUUUUUUAGCAUAAAGGACUUGGAGUCUAUCUUGAGCUCAAACACGGGUGUGCCCAUCAUGGACAUUUAUUAUCAGGCAACCAACUCAAAAGCUGCGGCAGUGGGGUUGGAAGUAUUGAUUGUACUUACUGCUAUCGGAUGCAACAUUGGUGCUCAUACAUGGCAAGCGAGAAUCUGCUGGAGCUUUGCAAGAGAUCAGGGAUUGCCCUUUUCGCAAUACUGGUCCAAGGUCAACACCAAAACGGGCACCGUUGUCAAUGCCCACAUCAUGUCGUGUUUCUGGUGUGGAGUCAUUGGAUGCAUCUACAUGGGUUCUUCAACCGCAUUUAAUUCCAUCUUGGUCUCGUGUGUCACAUUUUUGUUGCUUUCGUACUUGGUCCCGACUGUAUUCUGGAUCUUUAAAAGAAACGAGAUCCAACCGGGCCCUUUCUUUUUGAACAAGUUUGGUAUCGGGUUGUUUUGCAACGUUAUGCUUUGCUGUUGGGCCGUUUUUGCGUUUGUCUUUUUCAAUUUCCCCUCGGUGAUGCCUGUUUCCAGUGGCAACAUGAAUUAUUCCUCGGCCGUGUUCGGUGUUGCGUUGAUCAUUUGUGCGUGCGAUUGGUUUAUCCGGGGAAGGAAGGAGUAUGUUGGUCUCCAAGAGCGAGAGAUGCAAAAGGACGAACUUACACAGGUGUUGUCUAACCAGCUAUCAAACAUUGAGAUGUCCAUGUCUCAUAAACAGAGUCAGUACUAG